GUGUCUCCCUCCUGCCCUCACUGCACAUUAAGAUAAGCUCCUACUCCUCAAACACCCAAAACUGUACAGCUGAAUGACCACAUCGUUGCUGCUCUAAUAACAGAAAACACUUCCAUGGCUGAUCAGAAAAAUCUUGAAAAGAGCUUAGAGGAAGACAGGGGAGUUGAAAGCAAGAAGAAGACAAAGAAACACAAAGACCAAACAUGGGCUAAAGAAGGGCCGCAAGACCCUUUUGAAAUGCUGGACUCUCUUUCUGAGGAGAAGCAACAAGAGAUUCAGAAAGCCCUACACCUGUUUUCUUUUGGUCAUGGGCCUCCAAAGAACCUACAAGAGGCUCAGAGACACACAUACCGCUUUUGGGAUACUCAGCCAGUCCCUAAGAUAGAUGAGAAAGUGACAUCACAUGGACCAAUAGAAUCAGAGAGGCCCAGUGUUCGAGAAGAGCCCUUUUCACUGCCACAAGAAUUCAUUUGGGACACACUCAACCUGGACAACCAAGAGCAGCUGAGAGAACUGUGUGUCUUGCUGAAUGAAAACUACACAGAGGAGGAUGACAACACACUUCGUCUGCACUACUCUCCACAGUUCUUGCUCUGGACUUUGUGCCCCCCUGGAUGGCAAUCACAGUGGCACUGUGGAGUUCGAGUUAAGUCAAGUCAAAAACUAGUGGGAUUCAUAAGUGCCAUUCCUGCUACCAUUAAAGUAUUAGACACAGAUCUAAAGAUGGUGGAGGUGAACUUCCUGUGUGUACACAAAAAACUUCGCUCAAAAAGAGUGGCACCAGUCCUAAUCAAGGAGCUCACCAGGCGGGUUCAUCAGCAGGGUAUAUCUCAAGCAAUCUAUAGCACCAGUGCGGUCCUACCAAAACCUAUUGCAAGUUGUAGGUAUUGGCACAGGUCCCUGAACCCACGCAAGCUGAUUGAGCUGAAUUUCUCUUCUCUCACUCGUAACAUGACCCUACAGCGUGCCAUCAAGCUAAAUCGGCUCCCUGAGACGAUGUACGUCAUGUACACGCCAGACAUUGUGACAUUACCCCCUCCUCCAAGGAGCAGCUACCAGAUGCUCCAUCGAACACAAAAACAAACCAAGGAACACAGAGAACAGGAGGGAGGUGGACUGGUGGAGGAUAUGGGGGAGAGACGGAGGGCCAGCUCCAUAGCGUCAACAAAAACCACAGGCCUUCGCCCCAUGACUUUGCAGGAUAUGCCAGUGGUUCAGGCUCUUCUGAGAGAACAUCUAAAGGCUUUUCAUCUUUCUCCUUCCCUGACCCUGGAGGAUAUUGAGCACUGGCUUCUGCCUAAAGAUGGUGUGAUUGACACAUAUGUUGUGGAGAGCAUGGCCGAGACCAUAACUGACAUGGUGAGUUUCUACACACUUCCCUCACUGGCUCUGAACCACCCUGUGCAUAAAGGCUUGAAGGCAGCCUGUGUUCUUUAUUGCAUCAGCAAGGCCACCCCACUGCUGCAGCUAAUGGAGGACAUCCUUAUCAUCUGUAAAGCAAGAAAGUUUGAUGUGUUUUCUGCUCUGGAUGUAAUGGAUAAUAAGUCUUUUUUGGAGCCCCUUAAGUUCAGAAUGGGAGAUGUACACAAGCAUUAUUACCUUUACAAUUGGAGAUGCCCUGAGAUGGCCUCAGACAAGGUGGGUGUUGUGCUGAAGUAAAGGCAGUUUGUGCACAAAUGGACAAUGAAAAUACAUAAGCAAUCAUAUAGCACACUUUUCUUACAUAUUAAAUAAAUCAAAAUUUCUCAUGAUGAAACU